GUAAUCCAGGCUGCCCGUCCCAUUGGAGUGACUUCAGUUCCAGAUGCUACUUCUUCUCUUCUGGUCUUCAGAGACUCAACUUUGACGAGGCUCACGACUUCUGUUCCAACAUGACAUCAUCCAUGAUUAUAGUGAGGGAUCUGGAGGAGCAGCAAUGGGUAAGGAAGCAGAUAGCCGGAAAAGGCUACUUCUGGCUGGGGCUGACGGACCGAGAGGACGAGAAUGUCUGGAAGUGGGUGGAUGGAACUCUGCCCGUCUUCACGAAGUGGAAGCCAGGCCAGCCAGACAACUGGUCACAUGGUCAUGAGGAGGGAGAAGACUGUGCCGGGCUGAUCCACGAGGCCAACUGGAAUGACUUCUUCUGCACUGACCGCAUCGGAUUCAUCUGCCAAAGAGCCUACGCUUGUUAGUAACUUCUGAGUAACCACCUAGUAACUUCUGAGUAGCUCCUAGUAGCCUCCUAGAAGCCUCUUAGUAACCUCCUAGUAGCCUCUUAGUAACCUCUUAGUAACCUCCUAGUAACCUCCUAGUAGCCUCCUAGUAACCUCUUAGUAACCUCCUAGUAACCUCUUAGUAGCCUCUUAGUAACCUCCUAGUAGCCUCCUAGUAACCUCCUAGUAACCUCCUAGUAACAUCUUAGUAACCUCCUAGUAAUCUCCUAGUAACCUCUUAGUAACCUCUUAGUUAUCUCCUAGUAAUCUCUUAGUAACCUCCUAGUACCCUCUUAGUAACCUCCUAGUAGCCUCCUAGUAGCCUCUUAGUAACCUCCUAGUAACCUCCUAGUAACCUCUUAGUAACAUCCUAGUAACCUCGUAGUAGCCUCCUAGUAGCCUCUUAGUAGCAUCUUAGUAACCUCGUAGUAACCUCCUAGUAGCCUCCUAGUAGCCUCUUAGUAGCCUCUUAGUAACCUCCUAGUAGCCUCCUUGUAGCAUCUUAGUAACCUUCUGGUGACACUUUAGUAGCUUCCUAAUAACCUCUUAAUAACAUCAUAUUAAAAACCUCUUAGUAACCUCUUAAUAAACUCCUAGUAACCUCUAAGUAGACUUUUAGUAACCUCUUAGUAACCGUGUAGUAACAGCUUAGUAGGCUUUAGUAACUUCCUAGUAAYCUCACUGUAACCCCCUAGUAGUUUCCUAAUAACUUCUUAAUAACCUCCUAGUAACCUCUAAGUAGACUUUUAGUAACCUCUUAGUAACCCCCUAGUAACCUUAUAGUAACGGCUUAGUAGGCUUUCAGUAACUUCAUAGUAACCUCUUAGUAAGCUCCUAGUAACAUCUUAGUAACCCCUAGUAACCUCCUAGUAGCGCCCUAGUAGGCGGCAGGUAGCCUAGCGGUUACAGCAUUGGGCCAGUAACCGAAAGUCGACAAGGUGAAACAUCUGUUGAGGUGCCAUUGAGCAAGGUACUCUAACUUGCUCCAGGGGCACCCCAAAUCCAGAACAGACUAUGGGAUGUACACAGUACUACAUAGAACCAUGACUACAUGGAACUCUAUUCCACAU